AAAAUAUGAGAAAAGGAACUUUCCAAUCACUUUCUGUAUCUAAAUUAGUCAAUCGGUUGUCAACGUACAGCAGUAGACAACCACAGCCAACCAUGGAACUUUAUUCUAGAUAACGUACAUCGACAAGCUUCUUCCAUGAAAGUGCAAUUGUAUUGUAUUUUUUUCCACUUACAUUUUUUAAAUAUUGUGUUUUUUUCAUCCAGUUGUCGAAGAUUCCCAAUCAGAUUGAAUUUGUUUAAGCUUUCAAUCCCAAUAUUUUUCAUUAACGUUGGUGGGGUAUGCAUGUAUAGUGUCUAUUGGAUGAUCACGGAAUUGAAGAUAGAGAGCUAACUAAAUUAAGCUAAUGAUUUUGAUUGCCGACAUCUUAUUACUGCUCAUACUUUGGUGGUGCUCGUGGACUCAUUAAAGCUCUUGAAUUAACACAUUAAAAUCCACCUUCCAGGAAAAUUCAGAGUUCACAUUUUUGGUGAUGAACAGAUAAUUAAAACUCUAUGAGAGAAAGAAAAUUAAAAAGUUGUACGCAUCUUUGAUAUUUGAGCAAGAUGACCCACAAACUGGUCAAAGUUCAGAGCACCAUCUUAGGAUCUUAAAAUUUGCUGGGUAUCAAUGGAGACUAAGAUGCACGCCCUGGUUUUCCUCUCUCUGUUUCUCUUGGUCACUGUAAAUACUGCAGGGAAAGGAACAGACGCAGAUGAGUGCAAGCCAACAAGAUGCAAACACAAUGGACCAGCCAUUAAAUUCCCAUUUUGGCUAAGAAAUCGGCAACCACCGCACUGUGGCUAUACCGGCUUUGAACUUUCCUGCACCACCACCAAGAAGAAGCACACGGUGUUGGAGCUCCCAAGUUCAGUGAAGCUUUUUGUAAAGCAUAUCAACUACACAACACAGCAGAUUCAAGUAUAUGACCCACAUAGUUGCCUCCCAAAACAGCUUCAACGCCUCAAUAUUUCUGCAUCUCCUUUCCAGUUUGUGGUUGUUGAUGAAUCCAGAAACUCACUGGACUCCUUCUCCUUCUUUAAUUGUUCUUCAGGUAAGCAGGGGUACAAUAGUUCAAUUUUCCCUUGCUUGAGCACCCAUGGCUACCAAGUCCAAGCAUAUUCAGAUAGAUAUACUACACUAUUGGGGUUAUUGCCUCCUCCUCCUUGCAGGAAGAUGUAUGACACAGCACCAAUUCCUAGAGAUAUAAUAGAAUCCAUGAAACAUGAUUUUUAUCUAAGUUGGUCCAACCCAAUGUGCAACAAGUGUGCAGCAAAAGGCUUGGAAUGUAGAUUGGACGGAAACGGCACAGAAAGUCAAACACGAUGUUUCUACAUUCCCAACAAAGAUAAAGGUACAGAAUCAAGAAAGCUGGUGAUUACAGGUCCAAUCUUAGGUUCCUUCCUCCUUGUACUAAUCAGUAUUGGAAUCUAUUGGUUCCAUCACUCCAAUAAAACAGAAAAAGAAAAUCAGAUGAAGAUUAAGAAGUUCUUGGAGGACUACAAGGCUCUAAAGCCCACAAGAUACACUUAUGCUGAUCUUAAGAGAAUAACAAAUCAGUUCAAAGAUAGAAUAGGCCAAGGAGGUUAUGGAAUUGUAUUCAAAGGAAAGCUUUCUAAUGAAGUGACAGUAGCUGUCAAGCUCCUCAACAAUUUCAAGGGAAAUGGAGACGAGUUUAUAAAUGAAGUGCGAUCAAUGGGGAGAAUCCACCAUGUGAAUGUGGCUCGGUUGGUUGGCUUCUGUGCUGAUGGAGUUAGACGAGCUCUGGUUUAUGAGUUCCUACAAAAUGGAUCACUAGACAAGUACAUAUUCUCUGCAGAUGGCCAAAGACAGAGCCGAAAUCUUGGUUGGGAGAAGCUUUACGACAUAGCUUUAGGCAUAGCCAAGGGCAUUGAUUACCUUCAUCAAGGUUGCGAUCAACGAAUCAUCCAUCUUGAUAUCAAACCCCAUAAUGUCUUGUUAGACAAAAACUUCAAUCCUAAAAUGUCUGAUUUUGGUAUGGCAAAGUUGUACCCUAAAGAACAAAGUUCUAUUUCUAUGACUGCAGCUAGAGGGACCAUAGGUUAUAUUGCACCUGAAGUCUUUUCUAGAAACUUUAGACAUGUGUCAUACAAAUCAGAUGUUUAUAGUUUUGGAAUGUUAUUGCUUGAAAUUGUCGGUGGAAGGAAGAAUAUGGAUGUAAAUGAUGAGAACUCAAGCCAAGGAUACUUUCCUGAAUGGGUUUAUAAUCGUUUGAAUAGAGAAGAAGACCUUGAAAUGGAAAAUGUAGAUGAGAGACAGUCCAAGAUGAUAAAGAAACUUAGUAUAGUGGGACUUUGGUGCAUCCAGUGGUACCCAGUAGAUCGUCCAUCAAUGAACAAAGUUGUGCGAAUGUUUGAAGGAGACAAGGAUCUGGUGAUGCCCCAAAAUCCAUUUGCUUCAAAUGAUUCAGCCAAGAGGAGUUCUACAGCGCCUAGCAAAGUCAGACACUCUUCACUAGAUAUCAUCUCAGAAUCGGAUUGAAAAGUAUGGGCAGUGAUACACAUAAUUCAAUUGAUUGCCUUUUUCUUCUGAAAGAAGGUGUCAUUAAAUUCAUUAAGUAGCAAUACAUUUAUAUAUAUAUAUAUAUAUAUGUAUAUAUUUGCCUAAGGUGGAUUAAUGUAUUAAAUCAAUCUAAGAAACUGCUAAUUUAGUUAGAGACAAAUAUUCUCUCUUCAUACCAGCUUUGCAAGUGAUUUGACAAUAAUGUGUAAAUAUAAGGGACAUUAUAUAACAAAUCAUAAUUUUAAUAAUUA